CAAACACCUCCAACGUCUCUUUACCCUCCUGGCAAGACGACCUCGUGCUGAAGUGACAUCUUUGAUCGAAACUCUUGACAAUUGGUCAAGAAAACAACUAAACAAGGAGCAUCGAUCUCUCAUCAUGGAAUUGGCUUUAAUCGCAGCAAUAACAGCAAAGAAGCCUAUAGCAACCAUUGCCAAGGUGCUUCUAAAGUCGGUUGAUGACUUCGAGUUGAUUAACGAUAUCUCACUCUUGUCGGCUGCAGCCACGAAGAUAGCAGUUAUUCGAGGUCACUGUGAUCCGAUACUGACAUUGACUGGAAUCGGUCAGAUUUGUCAGGCACGAUCGGAAUUGGCUGCGAGGAAACUACGAGACAGCAAGAAUGGAAACUCAUCGGAUGUCGUUGAGGAAAUACAGAGAUUAGAGGCGUUGUCGUGUCGGCUGGAGAAUUUUGCUUGCAACUUGCUGAAUUGCUUUCAACCGGUGUUGUCGAGUAGAGGCAAAGCUGCCGUUUGUCAGGUGUUGAGUAGAGAUGCAGUUGACAUGGCACUGAAGAAUGGAUGGGACAACCGCUUACCGUUUCGACCUCAACUAUGCCCUUGUGCUUACUACAUGUCUCGAGCUCUCGGUUAUGUAUCAUUCGUUGCCAUGGUUAUCACUCUUGUUGUUUCCGGUGGUGCCACAACUUCCUCUCUGACUGCAUUGGAGUCGAUCGUCUUUGUUUAUGUGAUUGGUUUGUUGAGUGAGAAAGUUCACGAGGUCAUCGUGUUCACUGCUCGGCAGGUGUGGUGCAGCUGGAAGAUGUACGGCGACAUCGUCAUGUUGAUGUCGACGCUGGAAGGAAACUUGAGUGUACGAGGAUCGCCAAUCAUGCCCUUGGUGUAG